AAAAUUUAAGAAUCGUUAAUGCAGUUCACUGUUUCACAAUCUACGACUAUACCUUGUUCCUGAUAAUACAAGUUUCAGUCGAUACGAUAGGAUGCGAUACGAAAAUGGUAAUGAGAUAAGUAAGAAAAAGAAUGGACCGUAGGCUGGUGCGAUCAACUUGAAAUAUUUUAGCAAACAUUGACUUACAACAAGUAUCAAUGAUCGCUUCGACGUGUGCGCACAAGGACCGAUUUUUCAACAUUAAAAUUCCAGAAAUGCUAAAACUUAGUUUGCUAAGUAAUUAACACCCUAACGAGCUUUCGUCACUAGUUGUGCAGUGACUAAUAUACUAAAUAUUGAACAUUGUAAAGUAACUGAAAUUACGAAUUUUCUUUGUGCAAGGACUGGAAACAUCGUGACUUCAGAAAGAACCAAUUUGCGAUAUUCUGAAAAACCGUAAAAAUAAUAAUGAAUAGGCGAGAUUGAAGAAAAAAAGGGAGUGCUGUGAUUAAUUUCGUUACAGAAAUAUUACGAAUUCCACAUAUGACAUCUAUAAUGAAUAAUGCGUAUUUACCAUCGAUUAGAGUGACUUGAUUUUAUUAGACUCGUUCGGUAGCUGCAAUUAACAUAACCGAAGUUAACCGAGUGAACUUUGUAAGAAGUUAACAGAAGAAAGAUGAUUAUCGUCGGUCGAUAGGUUAAAAGGAUGCGCCGGAGUUAGCGCAUAACCUAGAACUAUUUACGAUUUCGCAAGUCUAUACAUAUUGCCCACGAAGAGUGUCAACAUGCACGCAUUAAUAAGUUAUUCUUAGCUGAAAACCGUGCAAACGAUAGCUAUAGUUAUUAAUAAUAAUCUGAAGAAGUCACAAUGUCAAAUAUAGCGAGGGUCUUUCGGCUCGGUCAUUUGCGAUUAUUAUACAAACUAUUUGUUUUGUCGGCGAAGAUCGGUGCAGCUAUAAUAAACGCAUCGAUUAAAGGAAUUGUAUCGUUUGGUUCGAAGAACUUGUUAGGAGAAACGGUUCUGAUCACCGGCGCUGGACACGGAAUCGGUCGUGAGUUAGCCGUUCAGUUAGGCUCCCUCGGAUGUAUAGUCGUUUGCUGGGACACGGACUUCGAGGCGAAUCAAUCAACGAUAAGAGCUGUGUCCGAAAAUGGAGGAGAAGUGUACGGCUUUCUGGUGGAUGUGUCGAACAGACGGGCGGUCUACGAAACUGUAAAAAUGAUGAAGAAGCAAGAGAUACCGGACGUCUCGAUCCUAAUUAAUAAUGCUGCGGUGCUGUACCACAGCCGGUUUUUGAACCAGGACCAAGAACUGAUCGAGAAAACAUUUAAUGUCAACGUCCUCUCGCAGUUCUGGACGAUCCAAGCGUUCCUUCCGAGCAUGAUACGAAAUCAAAAGGGACACAUAGUAUGCUCGUGCAGCAUGUGCGGCAUGUACGGUGUAUCCGAGAAAGUGGCGUACUGUUCGUCGAAGUUCGCUGUCCGAGGACUGAUGGAAGCGCUUCAAGAAGAACUGCGAUCGGACCCGAGGACCGCCGAUAUACGAUUUACGACCAUUUAUCCGUUUUACGUGGACACCGGAUUAGCCAGGGACCCGAAAUACAGGUUCCCUUACAUAUUCGGAGUCGUGUCCGCGGAUUACGCGGCCCAAGAAAUGAUCAAAGCGAUAAGAAGAAAUUACACCGAGUACGCGAUACCUCGUUGCCUUCUCACUCUGAACGCGAUCAACAGAAUUCUUCCUGACCGCGCGAUGAGGCUGAUUCUCGAUUUCCUCGCGAACGUGGAAGAAAAACGGCACGGAAACCUUGCGACGGAAGACGCAAUUCGGUUUAACAAUUAAAAAACGUGAAUUAUGCCUGUGCAACGGUAGGAUCCUGUUGAGAAAGUCACGGAUGAAAAGCAACGUGGAACAUCGCUUAGAGGGACGAUUAUGCUUUUAGGAUUUACUAGAAUCUGCCUGGCCAUUGUUGACGAAGUUACUGCUUUCUAUUGUCCACGAUUAUACUAAAUAAUAAUAACAACAUAUGCAGUCAAUUUCAAAAUUAGUGGUACAUUGAUUGGUUUGCGGCGACGUAUCCCAAUACAGUCGGUGAAAACAGUCUACGCGCACUGUACGAGAAUUUACUUUGAAGUUGCAUAAUUUGCAAAGAGAAUGGUAAUAAAUUAGGAAUAUUGUUUGCCGAAGCAUUCUCGGAUCUCGAA